CCCUCGCCAUUGAAGGAACGUCAGCGUAACGGAAGUAAUAUUAAUGAGCUGAGACUGAGGAGUUUAUCCCAGUUCUGACUUCUGUUUUAUUUCAGUGUGUGACAGGAAUUGUUCAGAUGAGUCGUGUGUUCGUGAGCGACUCUUCCGCGUCUGACUCAAGCUCAGAAUGACUGUGAGGAAGCUCGCGCUGUGUUUUCUGCUCGUUUCUGUCUCAAGUGUCGCGGCCAAACCGCCGAAUGUCGUGUUGAUUUUGGCAGAUGAUUUCGGCUGGAAUGAUGUGGGCUACCACGGCUCUGAGAUCCGGACUCCUCAUCUGGACCACCUGUCCGAGCGCGGGGUUCGGCUGGAGAACUACUACGUCCAGCCGCUGUGCACUCCGUCCCGGAACCAGCUGAUGACCGGCCGCUACCAGAUUCACACGGGUCUGCAGCACCAGAUCAUCUGGCCGUGUCAGCCCUACUGUGUUCCUCUGGACGAGAAGCUGCUGCCCGAGCUGCUGCAGGACGCUGGCUACCACACACACAUGGUGGGCAAGUGGCAUCUGGGCAUGUUCAGGAAGGCCUGUCUGCCCACGCGCCGAGGAUUCAGCAGCUUCUUCGGUUACCUGACGGGUUCGGAGGACUACUUCAAUCAUACCAGGUGCAGUUUCAUCACUCCUCUGAACGUGACGCGCUGCGCUCUGGACCUGCGAGACGGCGAGGACGCAGCUGUGAAUUACACUGGACUCUACUCCACUGAACUCUUCACCCAGAGAGCCACGGACAUCAUCACACGACACACACCUGAGAAAGUUUUAUUUUUUGUUUCUGUGGUUUUUUUGUGUUUGUGUUGUUGCAGGCGGUUUUGUGUUGCUUGCGUUUUUCCUGUAUGUGGGUCUGCAGGCUGUUGCUUCAUCAAGGACCAGCGGCGGCGCGAGUACGCAGGGAUGGUCUCGGCCAUGGACGAGGCGGUGGGCAACAUCAGCCGAGCGCUGCAGGACUCAGGGCUCUGGAACAACACCGUCCUCAUUUUCUCAACAGAUAACGGAGGUCAGACCCUGACAGGAGGAAAUAACUGGCCUCUGCGUGGCAGGAAGUGGUCUCUGUGGGAGGGCGGAGUCAGGGGCGUGGCUUUUGUGAGCGGCCCACUCAUAGAGCAGCCUGGAGCUGUCAGUCGAGAGCUCAUCCACGUCUCUGAUUGGCUGCCUACGAUUGUGGGUCUGGCCGGGGCGUCGACGAACGGAACCAAACCUCUGGACGGGUUCAACGUGUGGGACGCUAUCAGUCGCGGCAAAGCGUCUCCUCGAGUCGAGCUUCUGCACAACAUCGACCCGCUGUAUGUGGACACCGCUCCAUGUCCUGGAGAGGAGGUGUCGGGUGAGUUUCUGGAGGAGUCUUUGCGCUCGUCAGCGCCUCGGCCCACCGCUCUUGGCUCUCACGCAGAGUUUAACAUCUCAGUUCACGCCGCCAUUCGUUACAAGAACUGGAAGCUUCUCACCGGUUACCCAGGUUGUCCUCUGUGGUUUGCGCCCCCUGGUGGGCGUCCGCUGGAGGCGUCGGAGCCGCUGAAGCAGGUGAUGCUGUUCGACAUCGAGAAGGAUCCCGAGGAGCGUGAGGAGGUGUCCCAUCAGCGGCCGGAGGUGGUGUCCUUCCUGCUCAGACGCCUGCAGCAGUACCAGAAGCAGGCCGUACCCAUCGUCUAUCCCCCCGACGACCCACACUGUGACCCUGAAACCACCGGAGCCUGGGGACCCUGGGAAUGAGGACGAGAGCUAGUGAUGCAAACAGAACUGAGUCAUGAAUGAGCUGAAGAGCGUCAGUGAUGAGACGCUUAUAAACAAUCAUGAAGCUUAGUGAAUAUUUUCAUCCUCUGCUUGAUUCUUGCUCUGUGUGUGUGUGUGUGU